AUGUCACGUUACAGAGGACCUCGUUUCAAAAAAAUACGCCGUCUGGGGUCUUUACCAGGACUAACUCGUAAAAAGCUAACAGUCAAAAGCGAACUUAGAAAUCAAUCGCGAUCCAGUAAAAAAUCUCAAUAUCGUAUUCGUUUAGAAGAAAAACAAAAAUUGCGUUUUCAUUAUGGUCUUACAGAACGACAAUUGCUUAAAUACGUCCGUAUCGCCGGAAAAGCUAAAGGAUCAACUGGUCAGGUUUUAUUACAACUACUUGAAAUGCGCUUGGAUAACAUACUUUUUCGAUUGGGUAUGGCUGCGACGAUUCCUCAAGCCCGCCAACUAAUUAACCAUAGACAUGUUUUAGUUAAUGGUCGUAUAGUAGAUAUACCAAGUUAUCGUUGCAAACCUCAAGAUAUUAUUACAGCGAAGGAUGAACAAAAAUCGAAAACUCUGAUUCAAAAUUAUCUUGAUUCAGCCCCCCGUGAUAAAUUGCCAAAUCAUUUGACUCUUCACCCAUUCCAAUAUAAAGGAUUAAUCAAUCAAAUAAUAGAUAAUAAAUGGGUUGGUUUGAAAAUAAAUGAAUUACUGGUCGUAGAAUAUUAUUCUCGUCAGACUUAA